AUGGUCCAGAGGCUGUGGGCAAGCCGCCUGCUGCGGCAUCGGAAGGCCCAGCUCCUGCUGGUCAACCUGCUGACCUUCGGCCUGGAGGUGUGCCUGGCGGCAGGCAUCACCUACGUGCCGCCCCUGCUGCUGGAAGUGGGGGUGGAGGAGAAGUUCAUGACCAUGGUGCUGGGCAUUGGUCCCGUGCUGGGUCUGGUCUCGGUCCCACUGCUUGGCUCGGCCAGUGACCACUGGCGCGGGCGCUAUGGCCGCCGGAGGCCCUUCAUCUGGGCCCUGUCCCUGGGCGUCCUGCUGAGCCUCUUCCUCAUCCCGAGGGCCAGCCGACUGGCGGGGCUGCUGUGCCCGGACACCAGGCCGCUGGAGCUGGCGCUGCUGAUCCUGGGUGUGGGGCUGCUGGCCUUCUGCGGGCAGCUGUGCUUCACGCCCCUGGAGGCCCUGCUCUCCGACCUCUUCCGGGACCCAGACAACUGUCGCCAGGCCUUCUCCGUCUACGCCUUCAUGAUCGGCCUGGGCGGCUGCCUGGGCUACCUCCUGCCUGCCAUCGACUGGGACGCCAGCGCCCUGGCGCCCUACCUGGGCACCCAGGAGGAGUGCCUCUUUGGCCUGCUCGCACUCAUCUUCCUCACCUGCGUGGCGGCCACGGUGUUUGUGGCCGAGGAGGCAGCCCUGGGCCCCGCCGAGCCUGUGGAAGGGCUCUCCGCCCCCUCGGUGCCGCCCUGCUGCCCUUGCCGUGCCCGCCUGGCCCUGCGGAGCCUGGGUGCCCUCUGUCCUCGGCUGCGCCGGCUCUGUUGCCGCAUGCCCCGCGCCCUGCGUCAGCUCUUCGUGGCAGAGCUGUGCAGCUGGAUGGCGUUCAUGACGUUCACAUUGUUUUACACGGACUUUGUGGGCGAGGGGCUGUACCAGGGCGUGCCUGGGGCCGAGCCAGGCACGGAGGCCCGCAGACACUAUGACGAAGGCGUCCGGAUGGGCAGCCUGGGGCUGUUCCUGCAGUGUGCCAUCUCCCUGCUCUUCUCCCUGGUCAUGGACCGGCUGGUGCAGCGGUUCGGCACCCGGGCAGUCUACCUGGCCAGCGUGGUGGCCUUCCCCGUGGCGGCCGGCGCCACGUGCCUGUCCCGCAGUGUGGCGGUGGUGACUGCCUCGGCUGCCCUCACGGGCGUCACCUUCUCUGCCCUGCAGAUCCUGCCCUACACGCUUGCCUCCCUCUACCACCGCGAGAAGCAGGUUUUCCUGCCCAAGUACCGAGACGACGGAGGCGGUGCCAGCGAGGACGGCGUGAUGACCAGCUUCCUGCCGGGCCCCAAGGCCGCGGCUCCCUUCCCGCAUGGACACGGGGGGCCUGGCAGCCUGCUGGCAGCCCCGCCCGCUCUCUGCGGGGCCUCUGCCUGCGACGGCUCCGUGCGCACAGCGGGGGCUGAGGCGCCGGAGGCCAGGGCAGUCCCGGGCCGCGGCAUCUGCCUGGACCUGGCCAUCCUGGACAGCGCCUUCCUGCUGUCUCAGGUGGCCCCGUCUCUGUUCAUGGGCUUCAUCGUUCAGCUCAGCCAGUCCGUCACUGCCUACAUGGUCUCGGCGGCAGGCCUGGGUCUGGUUGCCAUUUACUUUGUCACGCAGGUAGUAUUUGACAAGAAUGACUUGGCCAAAUACUCUGUGUAG